UGCAUGCCUGAAAAAAAUACAGCAAUAAGUAGUUACAUUAAGAUGAACAGGGUAUGCCUCUUCAAUGUUUGUAAAACUUUGUCCUGUGUGCUUGUGUAUUGUUGUAGAAAGACCUUAUCUAUGAGAAAGACCGCAACAAAUUGCUAUCACAAUUCAAUUUUAAUUGAUGGGUAUUUGAAACAUGUUAAAGUGUAGCUCUUGACUUAUCGUCUGUGUUAUAUUAAUCGUAAAUGAAAUAAAACAUUAAAAAAUGCGUCAAGCGUUUAUAGACGUAAAUGGGGCACUUACAAAAGUGAUGGCAUGGGGCAGAUGGAUUGAAGAACCCCCUGAAACGAAUGAGCCUGAAGACAUUAUCAUUUGCAUUCCAGGAAAUCCAGGGAUUACAAAAUUUUAUACUGUAUUUCUUCAGAGAAUUCAUGAAGAAUUAAAUUGUCCAGUGUGGAUUUUAAGUCACGCAGGUCAUGAGGUCGUUAAGAACACAAAUUCAGACAGUGAUGAAUACAACAACGAUAAACUAUAUGGACUAGAUGAUCAAAUUGAGCAUAAGGAAGAGUUUGUGAAGAAAUAUGUUCCUGAAAAUGCAAGAGUUUACUUCAUAGGCCACUCUGUAGGGGCAUAUAUAAUCACUGAGCUUCUCAAAAUUCCCACAGUAAGUCAAAAAGUACUAGGGAACUAUUUCUUAUUUCCCACAGUGGAAUACAUAGGAGACACACCUAAUGGAAGGUUCAUAAAAUAUGUGUUCCCUUUCAUCCCUGUUCUCGUCGUCUUAGCUUGGGUUUUCCAAAUUUUGCCGUCCUCUUUCCAGUCUCCUUUAGUCAAUUUCUUCAUGCACUUUCGGGGAAUCCCAAAAAUGCAUCAAAAGACAUUUGUGGACUUCGUUCAUCCCCACAUACUAAAGCAGGUGUUUCAUCUUGCAAGGCAGGAAAUGGAUGGUAUCAAAGAGAGGAAUAACAAUGUGUUCUCGAAGUUUAAGUCGAAAAUAAAGCUAUAUUACAGUACAACAGAUGGAUGGGUCCCUCUGACUUUUAGGGAUAACGUCAAACGCGACUUUCCUGACAUUGACGCAGAAAUUUGCAGCAGGGGAUUUGAACAUGCCUUCGUACUCAAACAUUCCAGGGACAUGGGAGAAAUGGUAUCAUCGUGGAUUAAAGAAUCCAAGUCGAAAGAUAAUCUAAAUUAAUUUAUUUUUGUGUUAAUUAUAUUCAGUUAUUGUUAUUUAUUGUUUGUUAAUCAUGUUAAUUUGGUAAGUCAAGUUAAGAAAAUGAUUGGUACCUAUGUACUUAUAUCAUUUUUUAGAAAAACUAUUAAAGGGGUGAGUUUGUUAAUAAUUUGGGUUGUUAUUAAAUCUAAAAAUAAAAACUAAAAUUAA